AUGUGUUCCAUCCCUGGGCUCCCAACACCAGGUUCAAACGUUUCAGUUCUCAUAACAAGGGUGAACUGCAAUCCCCAAUGUGAUAUUGUGGAGCUAUGGGGCAAUUUUGAUCAAGAGCGAAAAAUUGCCUAUCAACGCCUGCGAAAAGACAUUCAGUUUCCCAGAGAAACCUUUCGUGAGUUGGAGGGAAAUCCUGGAGAUGUGUGUCUGGUUCAGAUUUAUGAAACUUGGUAUAGGGUACGCAUAGUCUCAAGAAAUGGCUCAAGUUACAAUGUGUUCCUAAUUGACGAAGGGCGAAUGCUUGGUGUCACCACUAGCAUGUUGGCUUGGGGUCAGAAAGAGUUUUUCCACCUACCCCCUGAGGUAGAAUUCUGUGUUCUCUCCAAUGUGUUGCCCGUGUCACCUGAGAACAGGUGGUCUCCAGUGGCCUUAGAUUUUCUGAAAUCCCUCUGCGGAAAGACUGUUGAUGCAUGUGUCCAAGACAUCUUGGUGCCCCAUAGAACCUUCCUCCUGGAUGUGCCCUGCGUAUCUAGACAGAUGCACGAAAUGGGGUUUGCUAAGAAGCUGAGCACCGAUAAGUUCAGGCUCUACGUUUCAAAGUCAUUGCAGAGUGGGGCUUCAAACUCUACAGAAUAUCCACAGAAGUCCUCCGUGAGAAAUGACCCACUAGAGACCUGUGAGCAAAUUGAGAAGCAGCAGCACUACAUGUAUCCAGAGCUGCAAACGGAAACCGUAGAGACGGUCAUUGUCACGGAGGUAACCAACCCACUGCGCGUCUUCUGUCAGUUGAAGGUGUUUUCUCAAGAGUUGAAGAAACUAACGGAGCAGAUUACACAACACUAUGAAGGCCGAGUGGAAACGGGCAUCACCAGACCCGAAACGUUGGGUUCCCCAUGUGCCUCAAGAGCAAGUGACGGAAGAUGGUAUCGGUCUAUGUUACAACAUGUCUUUCCAGCCAAUAAUGUGGUUGAAGUGCUCCAUGUCGACUAUGGGAAGAAACAGUUUGUCCAAGGGGAGAACAUCAGACCACUGGCCACAGAGUUCUUCAGAAUGCCUGUUGUCACAUACGUCUGCUCCCUCCACGGCGUCAUCGACAAAGGCGUUGGAUGGACGGCUGCCCAGAUUGAAUAUCUGAAAUCCCUACUUCUGAACAGGACUGUGAUCGCCAAGUUCGAGUACCAGAGUCUGUCAGAGGGAGUCCACUACGUAACACUCUAUGGGAAUGAAAACACAAACAUCAACAAACUGUUUGGCACAAAGGAGAGAUGUUUGCUGGACUCUGAGAAGGUGCAUGGAGAUUAUGCUGUUCGCAACAACUGUGCAAGUCCUCCACAUCCAGAUGGAAUCAAAUUUCAGGAAACUGCACCACCAAACUCUGGUGAUCCCAUGGAAAUUAAGGCUAAAUAUCCUGCCGAAGAUCUCCCUCUGAAUUCUUCACAUGUGGCAGUUGUACAACAUGUGGAGAACCCUUCAGAAUUCUGGAUUCAUACACAGAUGUAUGCAGAUGCAUUUAAUCAAAUGAUGAAUGAUCUUGCUGAUUUGUACAGCAACCCAGUCAGUGCAGGAGUUGUCGAAUGUCCAAAAGUUGGCCUUUAUUGUGCUGCCAGAUCACAAGAUAACUCUUUUUACAGGGCGACUGUGUCUGAAGUCACUGGGAACAAGGCCAGGGUCUUCUUUUUUGACUAUGGAAACACAGAGAUGAUUGACUGGUUCAAUCUAGGAGUCCUUCCUGACAAGUUUAAAGAGUUGCCAGCACUUGCACUGAAGUGUAGGCUGGCCGGUAUUAGACCAAAAGAGGAGAAAUGGAGCCGAAAUGCUACAGACUUCUUCACAAAAUCAAUCGCAGACAAGAUCCUGGAUGUACACGUAACUGCAAAGUCUCAUGGUGCUUACAUUGUUCAACUGAUGGACUCCUCUGCACAUGGAGAGCGAGAUGUCAGUAGGCUGCUUUGCAGUGCUGGCUAUGCAGAGAAGGGCGACACAAGUAAGACCCCUCACAAGGCCUCUUCAAGGCCUAUCAUCGCCCCCACAACACAGAACCCACGUGCCAUUCCUUAUGAUGUGUUCAAGGCAAGUGUUGGCCCUCAAGGAUUGUCCACCAGCGAUUCCACUGUCAAAGAGUCCAGAACUGCCUUCAAGGAAUACCUGUUUCCAAUAGGAAGUUCAGUUGAAGCCAAUGUGUCUUACAUUGAGAGUCCAAAUGACUUUUGGUGCCAACUAGCACAAAAUUCUAAUCAUCUAAAAUGGCUCAUGCAAGACAUACAGCAGCACUAUGCUGACACGGAGUUUGGGCAACCUGUGGAACCUGCCUGUGUUGCCCGCCACCCAGACAACGGAAUGUGGUACAGAGCCCUGGUCAUUCAGAAGCAUGCAACACUGCACGUUGAUGUGCUGUUCAUAGACUAUGGUCAGACAAAGACCGUCUCCCUGCAAGACUUGCGCCGCAUAGAUCCCAGCUUCAUGCAACUUAAAGGUCAAGCCUUUCGUUGCAGCUUGUACAACCUUAUCCUCCCUACUUCUCACACCACUGAAUGGCCUGAAGAUGCCAUUAGACAGUUCCACGACUUUGUGGAAACCGCAGCAUCCGACCACAGGGUCUUGAAGUGCACCAUAUAUGCUGUCAUGUACAAUGCCCAGAAAGUGGUAUUCAAUGUGGUGGAUCUGGAAACACCCUUUCAGAGUGUCUGCAACUUGAUGGUUCAGAAAGGACUGGCAAACCGUGCACCUGCCAAAAAAGUCCCUUCCUCCCCUUUCCGGUUGGACACCUACUACUACUCCACUCACAACAUCAAAACGGGGAGUGAAGAAGAGGUCAGUGUGACAAGUGUGAAAAAUGUCAAUCACUUCUACUGCCAGCUGAAAAGGAAUGCAGAUACAGUUAAAGGACUUGCAGAGACCAUCAACACGCUUUGUCGCCAGUUGGAGAUAACCAACUGUCCCCAAACUUUUGGAACUGUGUGCUUUGCGAAAUACACGGACGGAGAGUGGUACAGAGGGCAGAUCAAGUCUAGAAAUCCAACAAUCCUGGUGCACUUUGUGGAUUAUGGUGACACAUUGGAAGUAAUAAAAUCAGAUCUGCUUCCCAUUCCCAUUGAGGCCAGUGAGAUCAUGUCUGUGCCUGUACAAGCUGUCCAGUGUGGGCUUUCUGAUAUCCCCGGAGAGGUUACAAGUGAGGUGAACGGCUGGUUUGAGACCAGUAUGACUGACCGGAACUUCAGGGCUCUUGUGGUGGCAAAAGACCCUGGGGGCAAGUUACUGGUGGAGCUCUAUGACAGGAAAAUGCAAGUGAAUGCAAAAAUAAAGGAGAAGUUCAACCUUGAGAUGCACAGAGAGGAGCAAGUAGUACACCGAAGCAGGAGACCACAUGAUGGAACCAGCAGCCACACAUCAGCUCUUGAGGCCAAACCUCUGUUUACAACUAAAGAGGUGUUACAAAAGGCAGACGAGGACACCCAAAAGUUUGAGAAACUCCCUCGAGCACCCUACACAACAUAUCAAAAACGGGUACCUUUGAGGAGACCUAAUGAGCGAGUUUGUUCAGAGGUUAGGAAACAACCAGCAAAACCAAUUCCUCAGGUGGAAACUAAAGGCCCACAAGCACCAAAGCCAUCCCUCAGUGAACCACAAAAGGAGAUUGAAGUUCCCAAAGCAAAGGUGAAAGAUCUUCCAAAACUCUCAGACCUGCCCUCAAAAUCCAUAAAUCCAGGCAUGGUAGCCGAUGUCUUUGUCUCACAUUGUAAUAGUCCACAGAGUUUCUUUGUACAGUUGAUCAAGGAGGAAGACGACAUUUAUUCCAUUGUGGAGAAACUCAAUGUUGAACAGUCAACUGCUGCAACCAUUCACACUAAGGACUUGAGUCAAGGAGACUUGGUCAAUGCAGAGUUUCCAGAUGAUUCGUCAUGGUACCGUGCAGUUGUAAGUCAAAUACUGGGAAACGAAACAGCUCUUGUUGAGUUCAUAGACUUUGGAAAUACAGCAACAGUUUCAGUCUCCAAGAUAUGUCAACUUGACAAACACUUCCUUGAAAUUCCCAGGUUCAGUAUUCACUGCUUCCUAAGUGGAGUGACUGUCGGAAACCAAGCAGAACUGAAUCCGGAAGUUGUGUCCAACUUCAAAGAGAAAGUUGGUUUAAACGGUAACAAACGGUUAGGGUGCAUGUUCAUGAAACAGUCUGGAUCUUUUUGGGAGGUUGGCCUAGUGCACGGCAGCAAAGCAAUCACAUGCAACAUAUCUCCAAGCAGCGCAACAGCCUCGUCUGAUGUGAUACAUGAGACAUCAGAAGGCUCCAACCAAGAGGCAGAAGAGCCCCAACAAAGCCCUUCUGCUAGAAGUGUGCCACCAGAGAUGAGCACUUUGGUCGACGUUAAGACUGCUCGUUAUAGUAAGCCUGACAUUUCAGAGGGACAGACCGUAGAAGUCUAUGCCUCUACUAUAAAUGGACCUCAGUCCUUUUGGUGUCAAUCUGCUGAAUCAGACAAACUUGAUAAGAUCACUGAAGUUGUUGCAGACGCUGGGAAUGCUGUGGCAUCAACGUUAAUUGACACUGAAACCCUGUGCACUGGAAGCCCUUGCAUUGCUCUAUUUGUGGACGAUGAACAGUGGUACCGUGCAGAAGUCCUAAGGAAAGAUGGAGAUGCCCUAUCCAUUCUCUUUGUGGACUAUGGAAAUGAGUCUACAGUCAAUCUGAAAGCUGUGAGGCCAAUGCCAACUGUGCUCAUUGACACUCCCCCACAGGCGUUUCAGUGUCAGCUUGAAGGGUUUGAUUAUUCACAAGGAUCCUGGCAUGACACUGCUGCUGACCAGUUAUCAGAACUCAUAAAAAACAAGCUUCUACACCUGACAGUUAUGAGAGUAUCCAGUCAAAAGCGGGGUGGGAUCACAUGUUUCCUCAAGGUGAAAUGCGAGGAAGAAAUGAUAAAUGACACUAUGAAGCUGUACUGGAAGAGCUCUGUUGACAAAGAAACGUUUGAAGACAAAGACAAGUCCGAUCCUACAGGAGUUGCAAUGUCAGGUGACACGCCUUCAUUGGUAGGUGAAUUUAAGUUGGUUGAGGAAGUGGCAGCAGUGCCCAACUCGAGUCCCGAAGAGCCAUAUAAAAAAGCCAGAGAGCAUGACACAGACUAUGCUUUGGCCCAUAGUGAAACUGAUGAGUUAGUGGAUGAGGACAAAUGCACAGACAUUUCUGAUGAGCAACAGGACAACUCAGUACUCACCCAAGCAACAGAUGAAGGUCAUGCAGAGAAUGUGGAUCUGAUAAGUUUCCAAGUAGAUGCAGACUGUUUUGAUCACCUUGGUAACACCAAGUCAAUUGACGAUGACAAAGAGGAAGAAAAACAGUCUUACACAAAUGAGAUCCAAGAAUCCAUGACCGCCAUACAGGGUCUGAGUGCAAAGACACCCAACGAAGGGAUAGAGACUAAGUCCAUUCCCAUCAUCAUCAUCUGUGAGGAACAAACUGACGCAGGACUCAAAUGUGUCUCAGAGAGUGGAGUCUCAUGUGAGGCUCAAGCGGCCACCUCCCAAGGGAACAAAGACAUCUUGGUUUCAAGGACUAAAAAGGACACAUUGGAAGUAGACAAAGACGAAAGUGGGAGUGUAUCAGUACUGGAAAAAGCCUUCAGUCUGGAUGACUCAGAGUCACGUCUGUACUUCGACGAACACUUUGACCAGACUUCUCUUUCAAUCAUCUACCAAGGUCAAGACGACAUCUAUGAGGAAGUUUUCAAACUGUGUGCUGAGCCUGUCGUCGAGAGUGCAAAGUCAGAACAUGCUGUCACAGAGGAGUCAGAGACCAAAGAUGAGGAACUGGAGACCUUGGAGUUGGAGACCAAAAAAGAGGAAUCUGGAAUCAGAGAUGAGGAUGUCAACAUCUCUGCUGUUGUAGCUGAGUUUAGUUUUUUUGUGUCUGUUUUAGAGUUUGGUAAACUUCAGAGAGUUGAGCCGACUGUUCCAGUUGGGUCAUCAUCCUGUGUCGUUUGGUCCUCUGCUAAGAAGAGUUGGUGUAAAGCAAAGAUUUUGAAGAUCUUUGAGGAUUCCAUAAAGGUUCUGCUGCUGGAUCACGACACUGAAAUGAUAGUAGACCCACACAAUAUAUUUGAGCCGUUGUCUUCAGAAACAGAAGAGAGCGAUGACUUCGAUACAGCGUCGUCGAAUGCUGGGUCAGAACGUGGUAAGCAUGUCUCAGAUCUCUUAAAGACGCAGUGUUUUGAUAUGACUCAAAGGAUUAAUCUUCAUAUAGAACACAUUAUAUCCACAGAUGAUGGUGCUGAGAUUAAGAAAGCAACCUUUGCAGAUGGUAUAUCAAGUGCUACCCCGCAGGAAAGGGACGACCUUCUAGGGGAAUCAAAGUCUAGUCCUGAUGAAGACUGUUUAGUGUCCACAGAACAGAGAACUGAUGCUCAAGAGGCAAAUGUUGUGGAGGUUACAUCCAGUGCUCCCGCACAGGACAAGAAUGAUGUGCAGCUUGAGCAAGAGAUGUCUUUUCCUGGCGAAGACUCUGCAGAAGUUGUGAUGUCACAGGUGACUCAUCUCUCCCUGAGAGUGGAGGAGAAUUCCGAUGAUGAAGUCAUCUUUGUGUCAGAGAUUCGGACCACCCAGGAACAAAGCCAGUCCAGUGACUAGUGUGUUGUUAAGGCACACAUUCAGUUCUAUUCCAUGUUGUAAUCUGGGAUGUUAAAUCAAUCUGUUCAGUGGCAUUUUGUUUGCAUUCUGUGUCCAGUUUAUUUGGUAAUUUGUGUUGCUUCUUUAUUUAGCUGUAAGCAUCCAUCUUUACCUCAUUUGGCUCAAGAUCAGAAAUACCCCAGAGGGUAUACUAUAAAGCAUGUUCAACGAGUUAGCCAGAACUUUGAUAAGCAGCCAGAAAUAGCGAUUGAUUUUCUGGAAUAUAAAAGUGAAAUUUAGAUGUU